CAUGAACACUUUGUAUUUAAACAACUUUAUGUAUCCCUGAAGGACAAUUCUUUUCAAGGUGCAGACCGUCGCUUUUGAAGAAUUUACGCGUAGACACAUUAAAAAAUAAACUAAAAUCCUAGAAUUCCACAAUUAAAAAAAAAAAAAACCUGACAAAAGUGAUUGUUCCAUCGAAGCUGUUUCCUUCUCAUUUUUUUAUGCUUGUAAACGUAAAAGGAAAUAUACAAAAUAGUAAAUUUUAACUUCUGUCAGGAAAUUAAAACAUAGAAAAGUAGAUAUUUUUGUCAAAAUGUCAACUUAAGUCUAAUGGCGAUUAAAAUAUGUAACUUAAUUAAACAUGCUUUAAAAUCUUACUUUGGUGUAAUUAAGAAAUAUAUUUGAAUAAUAAUAUUUUAUUCGUUAAAAAUGUAUAAUUUAGUCUAAAACAUAAUUUUGGUCAAAACACUUAUUUUUUAAAUUCUGCAAAAUACAGAUUUUUUACUUAAAAAAUUUUUUUGGUUACUUUUACAUUUUUUGUUUAUCUGAAAUACAAAAAUUUCCUUAAUUUUUUUACUUGGUAAUCCAAAUUUCCCACUAUUUCACCGGUACGCGAAGGCAGCACAAACAAAAGCUAAUGUUUGCACAAUUUCCUGUUCGUGCUGGAUCCGUGCGCGUGCAUCCAACCCUCGUUCAAUAGUUUUUUUAUUUUGAAAAUGUUAGAAAAAAGUGUUGAGUAUUUGUUAUUUUUUUUACUAAAUAUAUAAAAAGGAAAACAUGAUAUAUAUAUAUAUAUAUAUAUAUAUAUAUAGUUUUAAUUAAUUCAACCAUUUAUCUAAUUAAAUCUCAUAAAUAAUUUCGUUCAGAUUUAUUUUUUAAGGGUUCAUUGAUUAAAAAACGUCUGAUUUGUCUGGAGACUUGUGACACUUCUGAAAAAUAUAAAAUAAACCCAAAAUGAUUUGCGGUAUUUUUGGCACCUUAAAACCUCCCUGACAUCUGUGUGUCCGCGUGGGUUAAAUAUGACCUUAUCCACGCGUGUUUGUGCAACGAUAAACGGGAAUCAUGAUGAGUGUCACGCCCCUGAAGGCUGCGCAAAAACGACUCUUGGAUUUUACGCACAAAUGAAGCUAAAACAUAAAGAACUUUAUUUUUCGCGUGGAGUUCUAGAUCCACAUUUUAGAGUCUGGUCCAGUUCUGAUCCGGAUCGAAGGAUCCACUGUUGGAUUAAAAUGAAAAGUGCGCAGAUCUCUGUAAUCCAGCUUGCUGUGUCCGUCCCUCCUCGCGCGCCGCUCGUGCCACCGCGCGGCUUCACGCUCGGCCGCCUCCUUUGUAGCCCAGAAAUAAACCUGCAGCCUGAAAAGCUCCUGACAUCUGCGCAAACCUCUGGAGGUUUUUCUUUUCAUCAGCUAGCAGGUUUUGGUCCAUUUAUCCAAAAAUGAUAGUCAUAUUUUGGCACGUGCGUGUGCAGAGGACGCGGGAACCGGCGGGCCUUCCUCUGAUCCUCUCCCCUUUUUGCGCCUUUUACGCAGAGGAACCAGAAACGAUCGGGGUGAAUAAAGUUUGCUUUGACACGGAAAUCAGAGGCCACGUGGCUCCUCUUCAUCCCUCCCGCUAUGCCAACAAGCCCCGCGGCCGCGCGCGCAAUUAAACAAAUAUUGUGUCGUUUUGCGGCUGUGAUAUUAAAUCAGUAUAUUUUAUUGGGCGUAAUUUGGAGGAGAAAUCAAAGCCAAUUACAAGAAUGAGGAGGAAUGAACUUGUGGGAUGUGAGAGAAUGGAGGGAGAGGAAGAGGAGGAGGAGGAGGAAGAGAGGAGCUCCGGCCGCUGCGCUGAUUGGUCCUCCUUUGCAGGAGCUCGUGGCUUCACUCCUGCGUUAAGCGCCUCCCCGUUCCUCUAAACUACAUUAUAAUGCAACCAAGCUCCCUUUUUAACCACAAACCGAAUUUGCUUUCAUUUACGCGAUAUAUAUUCCUUAAAUAGGUUAAAGUCGUAGAGAUUUUUUAUUUAUUUAUUUGGUUCUGGGGAGGGAGGCUAGCGUUUCGCCCUGGAGCGGUGCGCAAUGCUCUCUCACGCCGACCUCCUGGAUGCUCGGCUCGGUGAGUUAACAUCACCCAACUCCGCUCUUCAAUUCUGCUGGAUGAAGGAUGCCGCGGCGGAGCUUCUGGGCCACCGGGAGGCUCUGAAGUGCCGGCUCGGAGGCGGCGGGGGAGGCGGUCCGGACCCGGGGCACUCCGGGGAGCUGGGCCCGGGUCCGGACGGCGUGGAGGGAGCCACGAUGCUCCCCGGCGAUGACAUCAGCGGCGGCGGCGGCGGCGGAGGCUCCAACCCGGUGCAGGUGAACGGUAAGGAGCAGCAGGACAAGCAGCAGCAGCAGAACAGCAACCCCAACCAGGGCGGGGGGCAGCAGACCCAGAAGCAGAAGCGGCACCGGACCCGCUUCACUCCGGCGCAGCUCAACGAGCUGGAGAGGAGCUUUGCCAAAACGCACUACCCGGACAUCUUCAUGCGCGAGGAGCUGGCGCUGAGGAUCGGCCUGACGGAGUCCAGAGUGCAGGUUUGGUUCCAGAACCGGCGCGCCAAAUGGAAGAAGCGCAAGAAGACCACCAACGUGUUCCGCGCUCCGGGGACGCUGCUGCCGACGCACCACGGCCUGCCGCAGUUCCCGUCGGCCGCGGCGGCGGCGGCGGCCAUGGGCGACAGCCUGUGCUCCUUCCACGCCAACGACACCCGCUGGGCCACGGCGGGCAUGCCGGGCGUGUCGCAGCUGCAGCUCCCGCCCGCGCUGGGCCGCCAGCAGGCCAUGGCGCAGUCGCUGUCCCAGUGCAGCCUGGGCGCGGGGCCUCCGCCCAACUCCAUGGCUCUGUCCAACAUGUCGUCCAACGGGUCCGGCCUGCAGUCGCACCUGUACCAGCCCACCUUCCCGGGGAUGGUUCCCGCGUCGCUGUCCGGCCCGACCAACGUGAGCGGCUCCCCGCAGCUGUGCAGCUCCCCGGACAGUGACGUGUGGAGAGGGACAAGCAUCGCGUCGCUGCGCCGCAAAGCGCUGGAGCACACAGUUUCCAUGAGCUUCACCUAGACCUGCUGCUGCUGCCGGAUGUUUGUGGAGACCACCCGCGCGCGCGCACUCUGGCCCGGUUCCGUUUGAAGCUAUAACUUAUCAUUUCGCAUGUAUUUAUUUGUAUAAACGAACUUUUUGGGGUUAUUUAUUUAUUUAUUUCUUUGAGACAUUUGCUGAUGAGG